AGUCAAGGUCCGGGGUCAUUGUUAGCCAGGCCCCGCCACCCCGGGCCGUCAGUCCGGCGCUGGGUGACCAGGGCCGCCGGGUGCUGCUCCGGGGGGGGGGACUGACCUCAGGCGCCUGACGCGGCCGGACUGCGAGCACCGAGUUACGGGCCUCCGAAGCCCGACUGCCGCCCCCGCUGCUAGAGCCCGCUCAGGGCAGGUCGUCCCCGCCCCCGCGCAGGCAUGGCCGGGAGGCGCCGGCGCUAGUCGCGCCCGCCCCGCGCCGCGCCGGCCGCACGUCCCCGCUGCUUCUUUCAGUUCACUAAUAAAUAAAAAAAGAGAAUGAAGGCGGCAGUGAGGACCAGGGUGGCGGGAGGAACGAACGACUCCAAGUGAAGGCGGCCCCAGGGAGCCUUGCAGAGGCGCCCAGCCAAUGAGGUUUCUUCCUGUGAGCUGAGCCCACGGGGACGAUGGGAAGCCGGGAGAGCCGGGGGCCGGUGGCGCACGGGCAGCUGUGAGGCAGAGGAAGAACGCAAGACGGAGGAAACCCCCUCCCGCAGCAGUCUCAUUUUCGCAGCCGGACCGAGCCCCACCCCUGCCUCACCUUCCUAGCCCCACUCACCCGCCCGCAGCGCAGCGCCGCACCGUUUCCGUAGCCACGUGAUCAGCCCUUCUCUUCCCAGCCUUCCUCCUCACUGGAGAGGAGGGGAGGGGAGGGAAGGGAGAGAAAAAAAAAAAAAAAAAAAGACUCCACUUCCCAGAAGCCCUCGGUUACCCACGCACCCGCCACCUUGCGCAGGCGCUGCCCGGGCCAAACGGACACGUUCGUCACGUGGGGGGCGACCGGCCAAUCCGGUUUGAAUUUCAUUUUUUUACUCUCACCCCCCCUUCAGGAGCGGUUGUCUGAUCAGAUCGAUCUAAGAUGGCGACUGUGGAACCGGAAACCACCACCACUCCUAAUCCCCCACCUGCAGAAGAAGAAAAAACUGAAACCAAUCAGGAGGUUGCUAACCCUGAACACUACGUUAAACAUCCACUACAAAACAGAUGGGCGCUCUGGUUUUUUAAAAAUGAUAAGAGCAAAACUUGGCAAGCAAACCUUCGUCUGAUCUCUAAGUUUGAUACUGUUGAGGACUUCUGGGCUUUAUACAACCAUAUCCAGCUGUCUAGUAAUUUAAUGCCUGGCUGUGACUACUCACUUUUUAAGGAUGGGAUCGAGCCUAUGUGGGAAGAUGAAAAAAACAAACGAGGAGGACGAUGGCUAAUUACAUUAAACAAACAGCAGAGACGAAGUGACCUUGAUCGCUUUUGGCUAGAGACACUGCUGUGCCUUAUUGGGGAGUCAUUUGAUGACUACAGUGAUGAUGUAUGUGGAGCUGUUGUUAAUGUUAGAGCUAAAGGCGAUAAGAUAGCAAUAUGGACUACUGAGUGUGAAAACAGAGAUGCUGUUACACAUAUAGGGAAGGUAUACAAGGAAAGGUUAGGACUUCCUCCAAAGAUAGUGAUUGGUUAUCAGUCCCAUGCAGACACAGCUACUAAGAGCGGCUCCACCACUAAAAAUAGGUUUGUUGUUUAAGAAGACACCUUCUGAGUAUUCUUUCAUAGGAGACUGCGUCAAGCAAUCGAGAUUUGGGAGCUGAACCAAAGCCUCUUCAAAAGCAGAGUGGACUGCAUUUAAAUUUGAUUUCCAUCUAAAUGUUGCUAAGAUAUAUGAGAAGUCUCAUUCGCCUUUGUCUUGUA